AUGUCCACUUCAAAGAACUCCGCUGGCCACCCGUCACACUUGGAAGGGUCUUUCUCUGCUCUCCUGGAGGACCUUCGAAAGAGCUUCCGCCACCAGGGGACAGUGAGUAUUCCAAAGGAUGUUAUUGCGCCCUUUAGGAAACCAUUUCGACCCACCGACACCUCGCCUCUUCGUGAUCUGGCAAAGCUGCUGGAAAAUGGCCGACCCUACAAGAACAUCGUUCGGCUUGAUUCGCAAUCUUUCUAUUCGCUCGUGUCAAUCGUCUUGCAUUUCCCGUACUCUGUGGUGCAGAACAAAUUGUUGUAUAUCUUCAUGGUCAGUGGCCCCGUUUGUUCUCUCGAGUCAGGCUUACUCGACCAGGACACCGUUCGACAGUACAAGAAUGAGGGCACACUUGCCCCUCUCUUAUCUGUCAUUCACGGUACCGACCUGACGCCCACCGAGGUCAAGGAGCAAGGCGAUUACAUCGGAAGGAAGCUCUGUGCUUGCGUACUGCGCCACCUUGUGAGUAGGGAGAAGGAGGCGCAACUGCGUUGGACGUUAGCACAGUUCCUCUCCGUCCUAGUUCACUUCAGCUCUGCGGCAAGAGAUCACAUUGUGGAAAUGGCGGAAUGGCAAGGAUCGGCGAUCCAGAAUGUGUCUUGCGCUGACAUCAACUAG